GAAAGCCGAGAGCAACACGGCAGAUGCUGCUACGGACGCUCGGAGUGGAGUUCGCGUGCUUCGUGAUCGGUGCGCGCACGUUCGUGAGUUCGCGAGUCAGUUUCGCGAUGGAAGGCUUGAUACCUGUUGCACAGCCCGGCGCGCUCACGUUCCCACUGACAUAAUAACCGUGCAUGCCAAAAUCACGUGUUGACGAGGCACCCGCCAACAACCUCGUAGACGAUGACGGGACGUUGACAUUUCCCAGUGCGUGACAGUGAACGUAGAGGAUUAUCAAAACAGUGGUUAACAAGAGCCCUUUACCAGAAAACAAUGGGAAUCGUGCAAAGCCGUGGUAAUAGCGAGAAUGAUAGUGGCACAGGAGUUCGCGAAGGGGUUGCUACCGGCAUCAAAGGUGGCCAUUGCCAUCAGUAUUGUCAACCUAGCCUAGGUAUGGGCAGUUUAACCGGGCCGCAUGUACGAAGCGGCAGCGUCCGUGGCGCACCCCGGCAGCCGAUGCCGGACGCUACAGAGCUGGAAAGACGAUUCACUAAAGUCUUGGCUUCAAUGGAUUUGCCGCCGGACAAGGCAAAGCUCUUGAAGCAGUAUGACAAUGAGAAAAAAUGGGACAUCAUUUGCGAUCAAGAAAGGGUACAAGCCAAGGAUCCACCGUCUCACUAUUUGACCAAAUUACGAACGUACCUGGAUCCCAAAGCAUCGCGAAGCCAUCGAUAUAUUUCAAGACGGAUACUAAUCAUUACACAGUCGUAUCGUUUCCUCGCAUUCUUCCAGAAACGGAAAAUGGUCGGGGAAUCCACGUCGACGCAAGUCCUUCGAGAUUUGGAGAUAUCCUUACGAACGAAUCACAUAGAAUGGGUCAGAGAAUUCCUGGACGAGGAGAAUCAAGGAUUAGACGCAUUGAUAGACUACCUCAGCUUCAGGUUACUUAUGAUGCGACACGAGCAACGUCUCCUGGAAUCCAGAACGGAUUCCGAUGAGAGGCUACAAAUAAGUGGAAUUAGCGACAGUUCUCCUCUUAACAAUGGUUGUCUGCGACCACCUCUUCACGAGCUGAAGGACAGUCCUGGUGUGAAGCGACGAUCGAGACACGUAGCUCGUCUCAAUAUGGGAGAAGCAAAGGACGACAUACAUGUUUGUAUACUUUGCAUGCGCGCCAUUAUGAAUAACAAGUAUGGAUUCAAUAUGGUCAUACAACAUCGGGAGGCAAUAAAUUGCAUAGCUUUGAGCUUGAUACACAAGAGUUUAAGAACAAAGGCUUUGGUCUUAGAACUUCUCGCUGCAAUUUGCCUAGUGAAAGGUGGACACGAAAUCAUUCUGUCGGCGUUUGACAACUUUAAAGAAAUUUGCUCAGAGAGAAGAAGAUUCACUACUCUAAUGGAAUAUUUCACGCAAUACGACAAUUUUCACAUUGAGUUCAUGGUAGCAUGUAUGCAGUUCGUAAAUAUCGUUGUUCACUCGGUCGAAGAUAUGAACUUUAGGGUGCACUUGCAAUAUGAGUUCACGAAGCUUGGGCUCGAUGAGUAUUUAGAAAAGCUAAGGCAUACCGAGAGUGAGGAUUUGCAGGUACAAAUCUCAGCUUACCUAGAUAACGUAUUCGACGUUGCUGCUCUGAUGGAGGACAGCGAAACGAAGACUGCUGCCUUAGAAAAAGUAACCGAAUUAGAAGAUGAACUUGGACAUGCCAACGACAGGAUGGCAGAAUUGGAAAGAGAAUCAUUAGCCAAGUUAGCGGAGUUGGAGACAGAACUGGGCGCUAUAAAGGUAGAGUACGUAGAUGCCCUGGAAGCUCGUAGGAUGGUAGAAGAAGAGCUUGCGGCCUUGAAGAGACAAAGGCAGGAUUCUGCAAGGAGGCAAAGUGUCCUUGAGAAUAAAAUUAUCGAGCUGGAAACACUCACUGGAACACUUACAAAAGGUUCCUCAGCUGCUAGUCUACGAAACGAGUCUAAAUCGUCAAUGCCAACUGAAGAUAAUGUUACGUCAACGACAAUGACGUGCGCGCCCUCAUCGCCUGUAGCUGAAAUUCCUGCGCCUGCCCCGGCACCGCCGCCGCCACCUCCACCGCCUUGUCCACCACCGCCACCCAUGACACCUCUUUCUCCUAAAGAUCAUAGAGUUCCACCUCCUGCGCCUAUACCACCUCCGCCUGCUGGAAUGAUGCAAGCACCUGAUGGCGCUAUGACUAUCAAACGAAAGGUACAAACUAAGUAUAAGCUUCCUACACUCAAUUGGAUUGCUUUGAAACCUAAUCAAGUACGUGGAACGAUAUUCAAUGAAUUGGAUGACGACCGUCUUCACAGUUAUAUAGACUUCUCUGAUUUUGAGGAGAGAUUUAAAAUUGGUUUGGGCGGACACGUAACCAACGGCAAUAGUGAGAUGGAUGGUCUUCAAAGUUUCCCCAGUAAACGUUUCAAAAAACCUGAAAAUGUGUCGCUUUUGGAACAUAACAGGUUACGAAAUAUCGCUAUAUCUAGAAGAAAAAUCGAAAAGCCGGUAGAACAGGUGAUAAUGGCUGUAAAUGGACUCGACCUGAAAGUCCUGUCACUCGAGAAUGUGGAAUUAUUGCAGCGCAUGGUGCCUACGGAUCAGGAAACUAAGGCGUACCGCGAAUAUAUCAUCGAAAAGAAAAACGUCAAUUUAUUAACAGAGGAAGACAAGUUUUUACUUCAGCUUGGAAAGGUGGAGAGAAUCUCAACGAAAUUGUCAAUAAUGAACUACAUUGGAAACUUUUUCGACAAUCUUCACCUCAUCACUCCUCAAAUUCAUGCCGUGAUAUCCGCAUCAAGCUCUGUGAAGAGUUCAAAAAAAUUACGUGCCGUAUUGGAGAUAAUACUCGCUUUUGGAAAUUAUCUCAAUAGCAGCAAAAGGGGACCUGCCUAUGGUUUCAAGUUGCAAAGUUUGGAUACGUUACUAGACACAAAAUCAACUGACAAGAGGAUGUGUUUAUUACAUUAUAUCGUAGCAACCAUAAGGCUCAAGUUUCCAGAGCUCAUUAAUUUCGAGUCGGAAUUGAUGUACAUCGACAAAGCCGCCACUGUUUCCAUCGAGAAUAUAACGUCAGAUGUUCACGAGCUCGAGAAGGGUAUGGAUCUGGUGCGCAAGGAGUACGAACUCCGUGGCAAAGAGAAGCACAAUACGGUACUGCGUGACUUUCUGAAUAACUCUGAAGAAAAACUACGUCGAUUAAAAUCCGACGCCCGCACCGCCAACGAAGCAUUCCGAGAGUGUGUUGAAUUCUUUGGCGAGAGUCCUAGGCAGGCUGACGCGAAUACCUUCUUCUCUCUGCUUGUCAGAUUCGCAAGAGCGUUUAAGGCAGCGGAUCAGGAAAACGAACAACGACGAAGGCUAGAAGCUGCCGCAGCAGAAGCUCUUAACACAUCCGAAGAAGUUGUCAAACGAAAUAAAUUGAAUCAAAAGAAGCAACAGGACGCUGUGAUAAACGAGCUCAAGAAUAAAACGAGACUGGUACAGGAGAAGAAGCUCCUGCAACAGGAUGAGGUGUAUAAUGGCGCCCUAGAGGACAUUCUCUUGGGUCUGAGAUCCGAACCUUACAGAAGAGCAGACGCUGUAAGACGAAGUCAACGUCGACGUAUCGAUAACCAUCGAUUAUCGCGCACAGCUGAAGAACUUGAACUGUAGUACGUCUUACAAUUAAUACGUUUUUGAACGUACGUUUCAACUUUGAGACUAAGAUUUUUUAUCUGAAUCUAUUGAUUCAGAUUGAUUGUAAACUUGACUAUGAACGUUGGAGCUGCUUGAAUGUUCCUUUGUUCGAAAUUAGAAUUUUGAAAUGAUAUAAGUAGAGGGCGAUAUUGUUUUGUCGUCUGAGAAACGGAAUGGGUGCUAAAAGUGCUAGGAUGACAGAAUCUAAACUAAUUUAUUUCAUCUUGCUUUGUUUAGACUCUGAACUAGUUUAGAAUCUUGUUUUUAUUUGCGUAUCGUUAUUAGAAAUUGUUUAUAGAACGGUUUUUACACCUAGGUGAUAAGUGUCUUAGAAACACUGAUGAUUAGGUCAAAUUUAAUUGGAGCAUUAAUCUUUGACAGGUGUAUACGGAAUUGACUGUUAUUCUUUGUACCUCACAAAAAACCAAUAGGGAUAUAAUUAUUUAAUUGUGACGUAAUGUGACUAUUUUCUUGUACAUCUAUUACAAUUGAAGAUUUCAAGUUAGAACACUGCUGAAAAUUAUAUGGAUUUGUAUGAAAGGUACAUUGCUUAUCGAUAAUAACACUUUUGAUAAGAAAUAUUGUAAAAAGUAAUUUUGAACAAUGGUAAUCAAAGUUUUAAUAAUUCUAUUUGUAAUUCACCAUUGCUAACUGAAAGUUUGUUUUUCUACCCAUUCAGCAGUAUGGUAAUAAGUGAACAGGAAAUAUUUUCACUUGGUAUAUUUAUUGACUCAUGAAAAAGAAAAUUACAAAAAUUUAUUCAAUUUCAAAAAUAAAGAAACUACUCAAUAUUAACUCGGAAUGCAAAUCUGAAAUCAAUGUAACAUUUGCAAUUGUGAAUCUCUUGUUUUUAAUAACGCUCAGUAUUAACAUUCCAUGUCAGUUGCAUUGAAAAAUUGAAAAGCAUAUUCAGAGCAAGACUGCUAUAAUAAUGAUUUGGAUAUUUCAACUACUAAUUAAAUGUAUGAUAUAUAGAAGUUAUUCAACAAUAUUUUGACUCCUAAUAACACGUUCACGAUGUCGCAUUACUCACCAUUAGCUGAGCGUAAAAUACCAUGUACAUUUAACUUGGUCAAUUUAGUGGUACAUAAAAAAAUUGUUGUAUACAUUUUCAAAGUAUUAUUUGCAAUCUAAUAGCCAGCCAUACCCACCGUAAAAUGGUUUUUCUCUUUUCAAGAAAAAGAAAACAAAUACUUUGCUGAUCACAUUCCUUCCACGACCUUAAAUUGUACGCCAAUUAAUAUUUUAAAAGCUUGAGGAUGAUUAAACUAAAUUAAGUCAUCACAUGUAACUAAACUGUCCUACGUCAAAGCAACAGAAGUAUACACAUAUCAAUGACACUUUAAUUUAUUUAAAAAAGUGUCAAUGAUUAAUUAUACAAAAAUUCUCCGCAAGCACUAAGCAAUACUGCUACGACAAAGCAAGACAUUUUUCACAAGUGAUAUAUUUACAUUUCCAAGCAAAUUUACGAUUUCGAGCAAAAUGUCUAUAUUCUCUAUUCCCUGCGAUUUUCUUCCCCUUGUAUAUACACAAUUUUGUAUAAUUACUAUAACAUUUGCAUCUAUAUUUCAAUAUUAUAUGGAAACAAAUAUUUCUGGUUGGCCAUACACAUUGCGAAUAAUUUUCGCACAUGUCACAGUUCCCUUGCAAACAGGUACAAUUCCACGUGAGUCAAUAAUGAGACUUAUGAAAGGUUUUCACACUCUGAAUAUUUUAUCGCUUUGUUACACACGUGUAACAGGAAAAUUAGGAUUGCGCAAUACUUAGUAAUAGACAAAUUUCACAAAAAUUUUAUGUAAGGCAAUACCAGCUUAGCUUGAUAUAUAAGUUUUGUACUGUCAAAGCCAAACUGUAUAUCUCCUCAGUGAAAUGUAUUUUGUAAUAUAUUUUUUGACCAGAGUAGAAUAAGAUACUAAAAUUGACUACACAAGUUUACAAAGACAAAAAAGUAACUACAGCGCUUUAAAAUAUUUUAAGGAAUUUUGCCGCCAAGUCAAAAAUUUCCUUACAACAUUACGCGUACAUAUAAUAUGCAUGUACAUAUGUGCAGUACCGUGCAAUAAUCUAGUAACGACUUAUGCACGUUUUCUUCGACGCGGUUCGAUGCAUAAACUCCGUUUAAAUGUACUGUUACCCAAUCAGACACUUGUAUUUUGAAGAUAAAUGGAGUUUAUGCAUUGAAACGCGUUGAAGAAAACGGGUGUUAGUCUUUGACCUUGGUAUACCUUAAAAUAUAUAAAUUUUAUUGCUCUUAUUGCACGGCACUGUAGAAAAAUAAUUUGCGAAUUUCUGCAAAAUUCACUGCGCACCGGCCUGCCUAUUCUGAAGGACCAUUGCAUAUCUUUGAAUUAUUUGCAAAAUGAAGAAGAAUGAUGAACGUUUUUACUUUUGUAUCACUUUGAUAUUAUAUAAUAUUAAUCGAAUAAGAGUCUAGUGUAAAUAUUAUUGUAAUAUAUAAGAGAGUUAAGGAAACUAUAAAAUAAUAUAAUUUACCAUACUUACCGGUUAUAAAUAGUUUGCCAAUGUGAUGUUUAGAUAAAAUAAAUGAGAUAUUAGCUAUACACGUUAUAAAAAUGCAUUACCUAGUAAUAUUGACUAUUGCAAAUUUAUUAUAAACGACAUAUAUACGAUAUAAAGAUUCUCAAGUUUAGGGAUAAUGUUAAAAAAAUACUUACCUAUUUUUCGCAAAACCUGUAAAUAAUGUGCAUUUCGAUAAAUAAGUUAUGAAGAAAAAGCAUAGCGAUAAUUAUCAGUUCUGCAUAAAGACAAAAUGUCCUAAGCAUUACUUUAAUCUGAUGCCACCAAUAAAUGCAAUACGAAGAA